GAUAUGAAAAGAUUUCUAAGUCCCAAUAUUUUUUCACUUGCUUUUUUCUGCUCAAAAUGAAGAAACAUCAUCAGCCCCAAAAAGGUUUUGGCUUUGAAAAUUGGGGGUAAUUUCUCAAUCCCCAACAAAAAGUCCAAAGGAGCGAAACGACUUCAAUUUGGAGCAAAUCGACUGGGGGCGAAAAGGUUGGGGAGCGAAACAACCGCGAUUCCUUCCUAUGCUGCGUGUAACGAAUCCAGCGGGAUUUUUGGAAUUGGAAGAAUUAUAAAAACAAAUUGGCAGAAAGUGUGAUUUGCACAAGUUUCGAAUUCCCGAUUGAUUCAAAAACUGCUUAAGAUACCAGAUCGUAUAUAAAGUCAACAAUGUAUAUAAAGUCCAUCGUCAUCGAUGGUUUCAAGUCGUACGCACACCGUACUGAAGUGAAUGGUUUUGAUCCAAUGUUCAAUGCAAUCACUGGAUUGAAUGGAAGUGGAAAAUCAAACAUUCUUGAUUCAAUAUGCUUUUUGCUUGGCAUCACAAAUCUUUCCCAGGUCCGAGCUACCAACCUUCAGGAAUUGGUGUACAAAAGUGGCCAAGCUGGUGUUACCAAAGCUACUGUCAGCAUUACAUUUGAUAAUAUGGACCGGAAGCAGAGCCCACUUGGAUAUGAGCAAUAUGAUGAAAUUACCGUCACUCGACAGGUUGUAAUUGGUGGUAAGAACAAAUACCUCAUCAACGGAAGCAACGCCAACAACACACGGGUACAGGAUCUCUUUCGCUCUGUCCAACUUAACGUCAACAACCCACAUUUCCUGAUCAUGCAGGGCAGAAUCACCAAAGUGCUCAACAUGAAGCCUCCAGAAAUUUUGUCUAUGAUUGAAGAAGCUGCCGGUACCAGGUUGUAUGAGAGCAAGAAAGAAUCUGCCCAGCGGACCAUUGAGAAGAAAGAUGCAAAGCUAAAGGAAAUAGACACAAUUUUGCGUGAGGAGAUUGCACCAACACUUACCAAGCUGAAGGAGGAGCGAUCCAGUUAUCUGGAAUACCAGAAGAUUCUGAGGGAAAUUGAUCAUCUUAAUAAGCUGCAUGUUGCUUAUCAGUUUGUUUGUGCAGAGGAAACUAAACAGAAGUCUGCUGGUGACCUGGUGACGAUGAGGGGGAACAUAAAGACACUGGAGAAAACCAAGAUAGAGAAUGAUAAAAGGAUCGAAGAUAUAACAAAGAUAAUUGAUGAAAUGGAGCACAAGAGAGAUGUGGAAGCAGGAGGUGCUAUGGAAAAUUUGGAGGUUCUGCUGAAAGAACGACAGACGGCUGAUGCGAAAGCUCAGAGUAACUUGGAACACAAGAGCAAUGCAAUCAAAGGUGAACAGAAAAAGAAGAAGGAGUUGAAAAAACAAAAAGAUGAUGACAAGAAAGCUCUUGAAAAGCAACAGAAAGAGCAAGAGAAACACCGCGCAAAUUUUGAGAAGCUUCAGAAUGAGAGUCAGCAAGACCAAGAGAGUUAUACUGCUGCCCAGAAACACUUCCAUGCUGUUAGCUCUGGCUUGUCCAGCAAUGCUGAUGGGGAGGACGCCACAUUGAAUGGUCAGCUCAUUGGUGCCAAGCAGGCCAUCAGCACGGCAGAAACUGCAACCAAGCAAGCACAGAUGAAGCUGAAACACAACGAGAAAGAGAUCAAGAAGAAACAAGGCGAACUGAAGAAGACUGAGCAGGGUUACAAGAAAGAUCAACAGGCUCAUGAAGCGAUCAAGGCCACCAUUCAAAAGCUUGAGGCUGAACUGCAGAAAUUGAACUUUGAAGAAGGCAAAGAGAAAACACUGUCAGAGCAGAGACGAGCUUUGACCAGAGAGGUUCAGAUGCUGAGGGAGAGGAGGGACACCAUGGAGGCCAGAUUCCCCCAGCUUCAGUUCUCCUAUAAGGAUCCAGAGAAGAACUUUGACCGUAGGAAGGUGCAGGGAUUGGUUGCCAGGCUGAUAAAAAUGAAGAAGUCGGAGGCUGCUACAGCAAUUGAGGUGGCAGCUGGGGGAAGGUUGUACCAAUUGGUAGUAAGUGACGAAGUGACUAGCAAGAAACUGAUCAACCACGGUGAAUUGAAGAGGAGGUACACCAUCAUUCCACUCAAUAAGAUAUAUGCUCGCAGCAUUGAUACACAGGUGGUGAAAAGGGCAGAGAAUCUGGUUGGUCCAGACAAUGUGCAGACAGCACUGUCACUGGUUGGCUAUGACAAAGAACUUCAAAAAGCAAUGGAGUUCGUCUUUGGUUCUCAUUUCGUCUGCCCUACCAUGGAGAUUGGCAAAAAAGUGGCGUUUGAAGAAGGCAUCAAGAAGAAGACAGUCACACUUUCUGGUGAGGUUUUUGAUCCUGCUGGGACACUGACAGGAGGUUCCAGGCCUCAGGCUGCCAACUCUGUCCUGAAUCAGCUGGAUGGACUAAGGGAAGUUGAGACAUCCUUGAACGAGAAACAAUCACAGCUGCAACAAGUUGAAAGAGAACUCGAAUCCAUUUCCAGGAUGGCAGAAAAAUACAACCAGGUGAAAGGACAGUUUGAUUUGAAAGUUCACGAGGCCAGUCUGGUUGAUGAAAGACUGAAGCAGAGCACCCAUCAUCAACAGCUUGAGGAGAUCAAUGAAUUACAGAAAUCACUUGAUGAACAAGAGGUGAUUCUAAAAGAAGCAGAAGACACAUUAAAGAAGGAGGCAGAACGUGUAAAGGACUUGGAGUACAAGGUGAAGAACGCCAAGGCGCUCCGGGAACAGGAGCUCAAGAAUGCCGAACUAGAAAUGAACAAGGCGAAGAAGAAAGCAGAAGAGUCAAAGAAGAAAAUGAAAGAGAAGGAGCAGGUGUUUGACACUUUGAAACUUGAAGCUGAAGAGUUGAAUAAAGAGAUCAAGAACUGUGAGGAACAGUUCAAUGCCAUCAAUGAAGCUAUCGCAGGGUAUGAAGAACAGUGUACAGAACUAGCCCAGAUUGCUGCCGAGACAAAGGAAGCAGUCAAGCUGGCCCAUGCAGAGUUGAAUGACCAGAAGGAACUAAUUAAGACGCAGAAUCGUGAGAUAAACGAAAAGGCGGGCGAGGUGAAGAAAAUGAUGAAGGCGAAUCACAACAACCUCAUGCAGAUUGAAGAACUCAAGUCAAAGGUGUCAAAGUUUGAGAAGGAAUCUUCUGAUGCUGAGAAACAGGUCAAUAUUUUAGUCCAGAAAUACCCCUGGAUUUUCGAUGAGAAGAAAUACUUCGGCCAAGCAAACACUGCUUACGACUUCAAGGUGAACAAUCCCAAGGAGGCUGCCCAGCGCCUAAACAAACUUGUUGACUCUCGGGAGAAGUUGUCGCGAAGUGUGAACAUGCGGGCCAUGAACAUGUUAGGAAAGGCAGAGGAACAGUACAAUGAUCUGAUGAAGAAACGAGCCAUCGUCCUGAAUGACAAGUCAAAGAUUGCCAAAGUCAUCACAGAGAUGGAUAAGAAGAAGAAUGAAGCGCUUCAAAAAGCUUAUGAACAAGUCAACAAGGAUUUUGGCUCCAUAUUCUCGACCCUUCUGCCUGGAACCAAUGCUAAACUGACCCCACCAGAAGGGCAGUCAGUUCUGAGCGGCCUAGAAGUCAAGGUGGCCUUUGGUGAUGUGUGGAAGGAGUCACUUGGUGAACUCAGUGGAGGACAGAGGUCCCUUGUUGCCUUGUCCCUGAUCCUCUCAUUACUGCUCUUCAAGCCUGCCCCUCUUUAUAUCCUGGAUGAGGUGGAUGCGGCAUUGGAUCUCUCACAUACACAGAACAUUGGCCAGAUGUUACGCACGCACUUUAGACACUCACAGUUUAUUGUGGUAUCUCUCAAGGAUGGUAUGUUCAACAAUGCAAAUGUGCUUUUCAAGACCAAAUUUGUUGAUGGUGUUUCCACAGUAACCCGUUACGUUCAGAACCAGGCGUCGCGAGGACAGAGCACAAGUACAAGCAUCAAUAAGGAAAAUCGCACCAAAGGAGGAAAAGCGACGUCGAAGAGGCCGAGGAUGGGAGAGGGUGGCGAUUCGUUGAGCAGUUUGACAUCGUGAUUGAAUUAAAGUUGGACAUUCUGUCUGGAGAGGAUUGGAGAGAUUGGUUUCGUUGAGCAGUGUCACAUCAUGAUUGAACUGAAGUUGGACAUUUUGUUGGCUCAUGACAGGAAGGAAUCGUGGUUCAAUGAGCAGUGUCUCAUCAUGAUUGAACUAAAGUUGGACAUUUCGUUGGCCAAGGAUCGUUGAGCAGUAGGAGAAACUGUAGACCGUAGAUAGAAUUCUGUCAUAUAAUCUACCAUGUGUAUAUUAUACUUAUUUUGUUCGCAUUUGUAAAUAGUUCUUUUUCACGAUGAUCAAUGAUUAUAAAUCUAUAUUGUGCAAUAUGUAUGAUGAGCACAUUUCCUCUAGAUCGUAUCGGUGGACUGACAGAGUUUGGAUAAAAUGUUGAUUGUGUGAGAAUAACUUUCACUUAAUCCCAUGUUCAGUGUUUUCACCAUACAGCAUGACUGCUCCUCCUAUAUGGCUCCUGCCCAUAGUCUUUAAAGAAAAAUUCGGAGGGUUGUAUCUAAAAAUUUGAGGUUUCUGAACAGUCACUAUUGGACUGUUAAGCCUUGUCCUGUCUGAAUUUUCAUGAUAUCAUUAUAUUGAAU